AUGUUGUUGCUUCUACGUGGAGUGAGGGUGCGCUGCUGGCUCACCUUAGCCACAGGGCUGGUGGAGUGCCUGUUUUUUUGUGGGGUUGUUUUUGGAUGGCCCUCCCUGGUGUUUAUCCUGAAAGCCAGUGGGUACUUCAGUGACCAGUGUGUGAAUGCCACAGGACCCAAUGGCACACAGUACAUGGACUGUAGCAAACAGGACGAGCUGUUCUCCCUGGAUUUCACCAUUGCCAGCUUCUUACAGAGGCUUAUUGGUCUUUUCAGUGGAUUCUUCUUUGAUCGCUUCGGCACCAUGGCUAACAGACUGCUGGCAAUAACUCUGUACACCACUGGUACCUUAAUGAUUGCUUUUUCGCAUCCAGAUAUAUCUAUUAUACUCUUUCCAGGUCUGUCCUUCAUCGCAUUUGGAGGCAUAAUGUUAAUUCUUACAAACAUCCAGGUGGGAAACCUCUUUCACGCUCAUCGUUCCACCAUCUCUACCUUGUACAUCGGAGCCUACAUCUCCUCUGCCAUUACCUUUCUCAUCAUCAAGGUGGCAUUUGAAAAAGGGAUUUCUCUGCAACACGCUUUUUUCUUCUUGUCAGCAUGCAGCAUAAUCCACCUCAUGAGAACCUUCAUCCUCAUGCCAAAGAUGCACAUCCCCUACCCCCUCCCUGAGGGCUACACUUAUGGGACAGACCAAAGCUGUGGACAGACCAAAUGCAACACCUGUUGUUUCCCCAAAAGAACAAAAGACAACACAGAGCCUGUGCAGGGAGAGGAAGGGAUAGAGAAUGCAACAUCUGAACAAGGGAGCCCCCCGCAGACCCCACAGACAGACAGUUUUAAGCAGUGUGUCCUCAGCUGGUUUUUUCUGUGGCACCUGGUGUGGGUGUCAGUAAUGGCUCUGCGAAUCAACCUGUUCAUUGGCACCCUGAACCCCAUGCUGACCCAGCUGGCUCAUGGAGACACAGCCCAAGUGAGCCACUACACCAACGUCUUCGCCUACACACAGUUAUGUGGGAUACUGUGCGCCCCCUUGAAUGGCCUUAUCAUUGACAGAUUCAAGGGCAAGCAACGGGCCCCAGGAGAGACGGAGGAGGAGAGUAACCUGCACUCUCUGGUGCUCUCCCUCUUCCUCACUGCCCUGCAGUGCCUCUUAUUCUCCAUCUGCGCCACCAUACCUGUGCUCCCGCUGCAGUACCUCACUUUCGUCCUGCAAGUGUUCACCCUUUCCUUUGGGGUUGGAGGAAAUGCAACCUUCGUCAUCAUUGUUUUUCCCGUCUGCCACUUUGGUAAGCUGAAUGGUGUGGUUAAUGCUGUAUUGUGUGUGGUGUUGCUACUGCAAUUCCCCUGCAUCAUCCUGGUGAAUGAGGUGUUGGAUGGCGACCCAUUAUAUAUAAACAUCGCCCUGUGCAUCCUGUGCCUGGCGCCAUUCAUUCACCCGGCCUAUGUCUAUAUCCGCUGGCGCAGAUUGGCCAAUCAGAGAAGACGCUCCGCCCAGCCACCUCCCAACGAUGAGAACGCCUUCUCUGGAGACAAUGAAGACAAACCCCAGGAUGCCCCAGGCUCCUCUUAG